AAGGAAAACUAAAGUUAAAGUGGGUGAGUGUGAGGCAUCAAUUCCAAACAGAUCAGAUCAGCUCCAUUUUAUAUUUUUUUCGGGGAGGCGGAUGACUAGUGCAACAGCGGCAGCAGCAGCAGCAGCUCUGCCACUCCAUUUCUCCUUGCCUUCAGCAUUACCAAUCACAAUUCCCAAACUAGCUGCAUACUCAGUAGUAGUUGUUGGGCGUACAAAUGGUCUAAGGCUUGUGGGUUGUUGUGCUUAUGCAGCUAUUUCAAAAGGGCAAGGGCAAGAUGCAUUUGACCCUGAGCUUCGGUCAGUGCUUGAACUUGCCACCGACUCUGAGCUAUAUGAGCUUGAAAGAAUCCUUUUUGGCCCCAGCUACUUCAGCCCUUUGCUAAAAUCGAUAACAAGCAGAGCGGAUGUGGACCAUGCCAUGAUUGAAGAAGAUCUUGAAGAGCGACAGGAUUUUAUUGCAGCGCUAGAGUCACGCUUUUUAUUUCUUGCGUCUGAUGCCCGGUCUACAUUAAGGGGAUGGAGACCAUCAUAUAGAAAUGUCUUGCUUGAAGUGAGGAAAAAGUUGAACAUUCGAUGCUCAAGCAAAUUGUCAACUGAAGAUCUUGAAGUAGAAAUUUUUCUUCAUCUAUUGCAGGAAUACUCAAGCGAGGAAUCAAGAAAUUUCCUGAGCUUAGGGGACUUCUCUAAGACAUCCAAUGAUCAGGGCAGUCUAGAAUUUGGACUUAGUCAAUGGAAGCUGCAUGCCCUUUCUGCUAUGAAAGAGCUUCGGUCAAUGAUGUUGAGGGGUGGUGGCAUGUUUACUUUGGCAAAGAUUUAUGAAGUGUUAGCAAGGAGAUUAUCUGGGAAGGUGUUCUUAGAAGCUGCCAACUAUCAGAUGAAAAAGGAAUUCAUUAAAAAGGGUGGACAAUUAGUUGCUAUUAAUUUUGAGUCUAGAGCGGCCUUGCUUGCAGCAAAGCAGGGCUUUGCUGGUGCUGCAUCAAGAUAUCUGGGUUUUAGAAGCAUGAUGUCUUUACUUGGUCCAAUGCUUUGGGGAACAUUUCUGGCAGAUAUUGUCAUUCAAAUGCUUGGAACUGAUUAUGCUAGAAUCUUGCGAGCAAUUUAUGCUUUUGCCCAGAUCCGUAUUACCCGCACAUACAGAUUACCAUCUUCUGGUGAUUGAAAGAUAUUUCCAAAUGGUGAAUUCGUUGGUGUUUUGGAAGGUUGUUUUUAAAUAUUUUCAAAUGGUGGAUUGAGAGCUUAUGUUGGUUCUUUGUGGAUAGUCCAUAAAUUUAUUUUUGAUACAGUAUAUAUUGGUAGACUCGUGUUGCUUCUGACAAUUAACGAAUAGAGUUACUGACAACUCAUUAAUUGGAUAACUUUCGAAUGUUGUACAAAUUUUCUCGAAUUUUGUGUUUUUCAUAUUUUUUUGCUUCCACAAGUUGGUGAGCAUCUUGUUAUGGCUAUAUCUAAGUUUGUAACAAGUUCCACUAAACAGGUCUUUAGUUGUUACA